UGAGCCCCUCGCCGCGCCGCCUCCUCCGCCAGCAGCACCCCCGGCCCCAGCCGCCCCGCCGCCAGCGCCCCCAGCCCCGCCGGCACCCCCCGCCCUAGAGCCGCCCCCAUGAUGGACAGCCGCAUCCUGGAGCAUCCUCAUGCCCAGUUCGGGGGGAUGGUGGGUUUCCCUUACCCGCUCGGGCACCACCACGUCUACGAGCUGGCCGGGCACCAGCUGCAGUCGGCGGCCGCCUCCGUGCCCUUCUCCAUCGAUGGAUUACUGAGCGGCUCCUGCGCCGCCUCUGUGGUCAACCCGGCGCCGCUGAUCCCCUCCGGCUGCGGGGUGAGCGGGGACAGCCAGCCCUUCAAGCUCGCAGACUCGGGUGACCCGGACAAGGAAAGUCCUGGCUGUAAAAGAAGACGAACCCGCACCAAUUUUACUGGCUGGCAGCUCGAGGAGCUGGAAAAGGCGUUUAAUGAAAGUCAUUACCCGGACGUGUUUAUGCGAGAGGCUCUGGCUCUCAGGCUAGACUUGGUGGAGUCCAGAGUGCAGGUCUGGUUCCAAAACCGCCGGGCCAAAUGGAGAAAGAAAGAGAACACGAAGAAGGGCCCGGGGCGGCCGGCUCACAACUCCCACCCCACGACGUGCAGCGGGGAGCCCAUGGACCCCGAGGAGAUCGCCCGGAAGGAGCUGGAGAAGAUGGAGAAGAAGAAGAGAAAGCACGAGAAGAAGCUGCUCAAAAGCCAAAGCCGCCACCCGCACUCUCCCAGCGCCCUGUCCCUGCACAGCACGCCCAGCUCCGACAGCGACAGCGGCGGCGGGGGGGGCCUCUCGCCCGCCCCGCCUGAGGCCAAACCCCGCGGGCAGCCCCCGCCGCCCCAUCCGCCGCUCCCCGCCGCCGCCGCCCCCUCCGAGCCGCCCCCCGGCACCUGCGAGCAGACGGCCGAGCCCUUCUACCCCAGCCAAAGAAGCGGGAGCGGGCGGCUCCAGCGCCCGCCCGACAAGGACUGCGCGGCCGCCCCGUCGGGGGACGGCAGCGGGGGCGCGGGGGGGCCCCGCGGCGCCGGCAGCUUCCACAAGCUCAACCCGUUCAGCGUGGAGAGCCUCCUCUCCGACUCACCCCCGCGCCGCAAGGCCGCCCCGGACUUCCCCAGCCUGCCCCCCUGCGCCCCCCGCACCCUCAUCGGCAAAGGACACUUCUUGCUCUACCCCAUCACCCAGCCCCUGGGCUUCCUCGUCCCGCAGACCGCCCUCAAGGCCAGCCCGGGCCCCGAGGCCGGCCAGCCCCCCCGGGACUCCCCGCUGCCCGCCGCCAACCCCGGCCCCCCCGGCUGCGGCGCGGAGCCGGCGCCCGCGGGCGCUCAGCCCGGCCCCGGCUCCACGGACACGGCGGCGGGCUCGGUGCCCCCCGCGCCGGCCGGAGCCUCGCCCCGCUCCGCGGCCGCGCACGGGGACCCCGCGGCGGCCGCCCCCGCGGAGGGCGGCAGCUUCCCCCGGCCCGAAUCGCCGGUCCGGGCGCGGGACGCCAGCACAGCCAGGGACAGAUCGGACUGCGGCCCCGCCGACGGCGAGGAGGUGGACAUGGACUGAGCGGCCGGGCAAAACGACAGC